UUUUAGUGUUUUAAUUUAAAGAUUUAGGCUAGUAUAGAUAUAAUUUGCACUCAUGAACUAGAUAUAACGGCUUUUUCACUAAUUCACGGAGAAUAAUGUUAUAACGUAGUGAUUACUUGCUCAGUGAAUAACGUCUUGUAUAUAACUUGUGAGGGAAGGUAUUCAAAAUGAUUUAAAGUGUAAUAAAAUAUAAAUCCUAAUUAGUCAGGGAUCCAAACUGCAUUUCCCGACCGUAACAAUGGGAGACAACUUUCAAAAUAAGACCAUGGCGGCUGUGAUGAUGGACUACGAUUUCAAAAUCAAGACUCAAAAUGAACGUUCCAAAGUGGAAGACUUGUUCGACUAUGAGGGCUGUAAAGUAGGUAGAGGUACAUAUGGCCAUGUAUAUAAAGCCAGAAGGAAGGAUGGCUCCGAUACCAAAGAUUAUGCUUUGAAACAAAUUGAAGGAACUGGACUUUCUAUGUCAGCAUGUAGGGAAAUUGCUCUAUUAAGAGAGUUGAAACAUCCUAAUGUCAUAAAUCUUAUUAGAGUGUUUCUUUCACAUACUGACCGAAAAGUCUGGCUGCUAUUUGACUAUGCAGAACAUGAUUUGUGGCAUAUAAUCAAAUUUCAUAGAGCAGCUAAAGCUAAUAAAAAAUCAGUUAUGGUGCCAAAAGGAAUGGUGAAGAGCCUCCUCUAUCAGAUAUUGGAUGGGAUACAUUAUUUACAUUCAAACUGGGUUUUGCAUCGAGAUCUGAAACCAGCCAACAUAUUAGUAAUGGGUGAAGGACCGGAGCGUGGCCGAGUUAAAAUAGCUGACAUGGGAUUUGCAAGAUUAUUCAAUGCACCUUUGAAACCACUUGCUGACUUAGAUCCAGUAGUAGUCACAUUUUGGUACAGAGCUCCUGAACUGUUGCUUGGUGCCAGACAUUACACUAAGGCCAUAGAUAUUUGGGCCAUAGGAUGUAUAUUCGCAGAACUAUUAACAUCUGAACCUAUUUUCCAUUGUCGCCAAGAAGACAUUAAAACAAGCAAUCCAUAUCAUCAUGAUCAACUAGAUAGAAUAUUUAAUGUUAUGGGAUUUCCACUUGAAAAAGAUUGGGAAGAUAUAAGGAAAAUGCCAGAACAUGCAACACUAGUUAAGGAUUUCAAGAGAUCAAACUACCAGAACUGCUCACUCAGCAAAUAUAUGGACAGGCAUAAGAUUAAGCCAGAUAGUAAAGCUUUUAGUUUAUUACAAAGACUUUUACUGAUGGAUCCUAACAAAAGAAUCACUUCAGAACAGGCUAUGCAGGAUCCAUACUUUGCUGAAGACCCACUGCCUACUCAAGAUGUGUUCGCCGGAUGUACAAUUCCAUAUCCGAAAAGAGAAUUUUUGACUGAUGACGAUCAGGAAGACAAGAGUGAUUCAAAAGCCAGACAAAAUCAACAGCAACAACAACCAAAUACCCAACAGAAUCAAGUUCAACAGAACAGCCACGAUCAUGGUGCCAAUAAUGCCAAAAGGAUGAGAAUGACGGGUCCGAACCAAGGCAACAACACUGGUGGUGGCCAGCAGGAAUUCCAUCAACAGCAACAAAUGAUGUUCGGUAGUCAGCAGCAGGGAGGAAGCUCCCAACAACAAGGGAACUACCAACAAAGAUUCUAAUACAAUAUACCUGAGUCUACGUACUCGGGUGGACUGAAUUUAGAACCAUAUGAAUAAAAACGUGCUAAUUAUAAAUUGGUUGAUGAGAUAUUGACUCAAAAUCUCUCAGACAGUGCGAAUGUGAUGUGUCGCCGUACGGUUUCUUUUUUUAAAACUAUAGAAUUAAUGAUCCGUCAAACAAAACUAGUGGUAUUUCGUGAAAUGCGUUUCAGUUAAUGUACUCUGUAUUUUUGGUGGACCUGUUCCAAAUAAACGAAGGAAAAAUCUCAUGUUGAUAGUCAUUGUGACAAACACGUGAGAGACAUUGGGUGCUAUGUUGU